UGGCCCUGGGACAGCUGUCAUACGGCUCCUGCUCAGCAGCAUCCGGCGGGGCGCUGGGCGGGCUGGGGACCCGUCUGUCCCCGCUCCCGCGUCCUCGGCUCCGCCUCCCUCUGCGCACAGUCUCCGGCGGCUCCAGGCGGGCUCGGCGCGGGGAGCCGGGCUGUGCCCGGUGCAGCCGCGGCCCGCGGCCCGGAGGGGCUGCUACGGCGAUCGGGCUCGGGCUACGAGGGCAGCACCAGCUGGAAGGCGGCCCUGGAGGAUACCACCACGCGGCUCCUGCUGGGAGCGAUUGCAGUCCUGCUGUUUGCCAUCUUGGUGGUGAUGAGCAUCUUGGCCUCCAAGGGCUGUAUCAAGUGUGAGGCGCCCUGCCCGGAGGACUGGCUGCUCUACGGAAGGAAGUGCUACUUCUUUUCUGAGGAACCGAGAGACUGGAACACGGGCAGACAGUACUGCCACACCCACGAGGCUGCGCUGGCCGUGAUCCAGAGCCAGAAGGAGCUGGAAUUUAUGUUCAAGUUCACAAGGAGGGAGCCCUGGAUUGGCCUGCGCAGAGUUGGGGAUGAAUUCCACUGGGUCAAUGGGGACCCGUUUGACCCAGACACAUUCGCCAUCUCGGGCCCAGGCGAGUGUGUCUUCGUGGAGCCCACCCGGCUGGUGUCGACGGAGUGUCUGAUGACCCGGCCCUGGGUGUGCAGCAAGAUGGCCUACACGUGACAGGGACAGGCCAGAGGUGGGCAGAGGUUCUGCUCCGAGCCCAGCCUGCAGCACAGCCGCCUGCCCUCUGCGGGGGGAAGAGCUGGGGAGGACCUGUCCCUGUCCUGUCCCCUCUCAGGCUCCAGAGCUCCUGGGUCCCUGGUUCCUGCUCCCUCUGUCCCCAGGCAGGUCCUGCGGCUCAGCAUUUGAAUCCCAUAUGCUAGUAGUGUGGUCACCUUUUCCCGUCACGCAGGCACACACACACACACACACACACACACACACACACACGCACACACACACAAGCACACACGCACAGGCCCUUCCCAGAAGUGUCCCUCAGCCGCCCCUGGCCCUUCCCCAGCCCCGCCUGGAACCUUCCCUGCUCGCUGCGGCCCUGGUGCCGUGGGGAAGGCUGGUAGCUGCCGGGUGUCCCACUGUCACCAGUCGUGGGCUCCGCAGGCCCGCCCCUCUCCAGAGUGCGGGGGCGGCAGGCUGGCAGGUGUCCCUCACCUCGGCCAGCCCCGCCCAAGGCCUGGAGGCCCCGUGCCCACCCUCUUUGCCUUCCUGGGGUCCCCGGCCAGGGCCCCCCGCUGUGUCCGUGGUGCUGUUGUAUCGGUCACUAACGGAAUAAAGAGAUGACUGGCGUCAGA